AUGGGUGGAAGCGCCCCGUUCAGUAGUAAAGGGUGCGCAACAUGUAGAAGACGCAAAUGUGACCUCCAGAAGCCGGAGUGUGGAGGGUGCAUUAAACGUCGAAUGGUCUGUCCGGGGUAUACACCCGGCCACCACUUUUUUGCCCACUACAGUACUACACGGGUAUCAGAGAAGUCAAAAGAUGUGCCCAACUGCAAUAUACAGCGAGUUAAUCGCGCUCAAUUACUGCCACGGAAAAUCGAGGCGCAUUCUCAGACUCGGAAGCAGCUCCACGCAUCAUUCAUGGACUCAUACUACCCCAUGAGCUUGGACAUGAAGGCUAUCCGAGAAGUCGAUCUAUUCUUCCAGCUCAUGUCAAGCUUCAUUAAUAUGCCAGCAAAACCAACAAUAUUGGAAACUGCAAUUUCUGCUCUUUCGUGCCUCUACUUUGGUGCAGCUAAUCAUGACCAGUGUCUUCUUCGGCAAGGCACGCAACUGUAUAAUAAUACGAUUCGCUUCAUGACGAGUCGGAUACGCGGGGGCACUAUUCCGGAUGAAAUCAUUUAUACUAGUGUCAUAUUUAAAGCCAUUGAGGUAAUGUAUCACGGCCUCCCUCGGAAGUAUAGUGGACUAAUGAUGAAGCCGGUUUUCAAACUUCAGAAGCAAGGACUGAUGUAUGCUCCGAUGUUAUUCAAAAGCUUCGGAAGCGACUUCGACUACCUGAAACAAUACAACGAUGAUGGGCCUUUUGACGAGCUUUUCGAAAUCUAUGUCGAAAUUACAUCCCUCGCUGCUGCCGCUAACUCGAUCGGCAAACUAGAUCAAGACUGCAAUAACCUGCUCUGGUCAUGCCGAGCACAAAGAGAUAAAGUACUUGAAUGGUACUCUCGUAACCUAGAGAGUAUCGCUGGCAGACCAAUCUCUUGUUCCAUCACAAAGUUGAAAAACAUCAAGUUCCCACUCCCGUCAGCCAAGAACCUGUUCGACUCGUUCUACAACUUCUGUUCUCUCCGACAGGCAGAGUUGCAUAUAUUCUUCUGGAAAGCGAUGAUCAUCAUCCAGCUGUUAACUUACCGAGCCCAAGUCCUAGUUCUACAUUGUUCCACACCAGACCUUCAAUAUCCCUCUAUCAAAGACAUUCCAACAGAACCCAGAGUGUACACCGAAUGUAUACUUGCCGGUAACUAUGCAGAUGAAAUAUGUCGGGCCGUACCAUAUUUUUUGCAGGACGGAAUGGGGUCAUACGGCAUGUUGAAGAUCACAGUCAAUCUUCCUUAUAUCCUCAAAUCAUACACACACCUGAGGUGUAGGGAAAAGUUUCUCUGGAUUCAGAAGAUAUGUCAGUCAGUCGCUGGUGAUGGUAAUGAUUUGGCUUUGUGCCAUAGUCAGGUUUGGUGGAAGUAUUGGUUCUUAUGUGAGGAUCCAUCGGUGAAUUAUAUUCGCAGCUUGGCGUUUAAUGAGCAUUAUACGGAGAGAUACCAUGUUUCAAUUCAAGGUGAAUCUGUGAAGGUGAUCCAGGUUACUAAGAAUGGGGAGGUUUCUACAGCAUCAGAACUUCCCAAGAUAAAGGAA